AUGUAAUAGAACUGAGAGUCAUGAUCAAGGACUAGCCUAUUCAUAGACGCUAGCUAACUCUAGCAUAUAUUGAAGAAAAGGUAUCUUCGAUCCAGGAGUUUAGUUCAGAGCCCUGAACUUCAAAACGGAUCGCUUGCGCACAUAACAGAUUAGACGUAAAGGCAACUGAUUGUUUGCUUAUUUCUGGAGGCGAGCGCAACACGCAAUCCCAUUCGUUCCAUUGGAUAUUUGGUGCUCAUGUGACGAAGUGCGGAAGUAUACGGAACACUCCAACAACAAAAAAGUGAUAUAUAAAGCAAAUAUGGAAGAAAACAAUGAAGGUGGGAACUUGGCCCAGGUCCAACAUGUGGUGUUGAUCCUGUCUGGAAAAGGAGGGGUGGGCAAGAGCACCCUCACCACAGAGCUAGCCCUGGCCCUAAGACACGCAGGCAAGAAGGUUGGGAUCCUGGAUGUGGACUUGUGUGGUCCCAGUAUCCCCCGCAUGCUGAGUGUGGGCAAGCCAGAGGUGCACCAGUGUGACUCGGGCUGGGUGCCCGUCUACACAGAUGCCCAGAAGAGCCUGGCGCUCAUGUCCAUAGGCUUCCUGCUGGAGGACCCAGACGAAGCAGUUGUCUGGAGGGGUCCAAAGAAACGGGUAUCUCUGAUUGGGCAGUUUGUGUCUGACGUGGCAUGGGGGGAACUGGAUGUGCUCCUGGUGGACACGCCCCCGGGGACGUCAGACGAACACCUGGCCGUCCUGGAAAACCUGAAGAAGCAGCACAAAGUGGACGGAGCCAUUCUGAUCACUACACCGCAGGCAGUAUCGACGGGGGACGUCAGGAGAGAGAUAACGUUCUGUAAGAAGACAGGCUUGCGCAUCCUGGGGAUUGUAGAGAACAUGAGUGGAUUUGUGUGUCCACACUGCUCUGAAUGCAGUAAUAUCUUCUCCAAGGGAGGAGGAGAGGAGCUGGCCAAGUUGACAGGAUCAGUAUAUUUGGGCUCUGUGCCCCUGGACCCUCUGCUCACGACCAGUAUAGAGGAGGGCAAAGACUUCAUCCAGACAUUCCCAGACAGCGCCACCUUCAGUGCCAUCAACAGCAUUGCACAGACCCUCCUAACAAGCAUACAGAAUCCCUGAGCAUUCAAAUCCCAUUGCAUAUUCAAUAGCAAUACAGUAUCGUAGUAUUUAGCCUUUGUAAAAUCAUGUUGAGAUAUAUUAUCACAUGCAGGCACACACAACCACACAAGACAUUUUUACAUUGCAUCUAUCUUGUCAUACUACUGGUAUGUAAAAGCUUCAGAAAACUACCCACAUGUAAUACUCACAAAUGUAAUAAAGUGGGCUGAUAUUUAAUUGA